AUGCCGCCACUCUACCCCCACUACCAGCACUAUGCUCAGCUCGUGCCACCUGCCAUGCAGCCGCCACCCGAACCAGUCCAGCCAUUCAAACCAGUCCAGCCUGUGCAACCAGUAGAAACAGUCCAACCAGUUCAACCAACUGAACCUGACCGGCCUGUCCAACCGGUACAGCAAGCAGAACCAGUCCAACCAGCUGAACCGGUCCAGCUGGUGGAAACCGUCAGAUCUAAAACCACAGAACAAGCACCGCCCACUCAGCCCGAAGUCAAGAAAGAAGAGAAAGCAGAACUGGAAGCAAAAGCUGAAUCCGAGGUUGACGAAGAAGAUGUGAUGGUAUCAUCUGCAAAGAAAGAAGCCAAGAAGAAAAAGAUAACGAGGACUGAAGAUGACAAAGGUCCAUCACCACUUUGACAUUGGCUGAGAGGUUUUGCGGCCACUUAAUUCGGUGCAUGUCUAACCAACUUCCACUGCUUGUUGUCUAUUGCAGAUGAUGGCGGGCUCAAAAAAGACAAAACCAAAGCUGGGUCUGC